AAACCAACCUCUCCUGUCCUGAGUAGAUUGGUAGGGUUAGGGUUGUCAGAUGUCACAAAGUUACAGGACACUUAAAGGUAAGGCUUGUGGUAAAAAAUACUAUGUGAAAUUCAAAUAUAAUUGGGUAGCUGGUAUUCUAUGUGGCAACCCUAGGUAGAAGAGCACGGGUAAGGCAGGAUUAGAAGAUUUGCACACUCCAAAGUUUCUGCACCUCGAUGGGACACUAGAGCAGGAAGGCUACUGGGCCUUUCUGGCAAUGGGAAUGAGGCGUCGAAAACUCCUUAGGCGGGCACAGUGAUCCAAGUAGCCAAGCCCUGAUUUCCGCGGGGAGAAAGGAGGCCACGGGCCUCUGCCAGAUACUACCUGCUCUGGACUCUGGGGUCAGCAGAGUUUAAAACGACCUGUAGCCUCUGGCGUUUAGCUCCUAAAGCGGUCUCGAGUCCUGCGGCGACGGCCAGCGACUGGAGGCCGUCCGCCCGACUCCAAGAUGGCGCUCGCCACAGCUGCCCGGUGUUAAGAUGGCGGCGCGGGGCCGCGCCCGCGCUCCUCCGCUCUCCUCCCCCAGCCUUCCUUGGGCUGGCGGCACCACUCGCGUAGCCCUGCGCCGGUUUCUUUUCGGCCCUGGGCGGUGGUCCCGGCUGCCGGUAGACGACCGCCCCGCGUCAUGCGGCUCCUAGGCUGGUGGCAAGUACUGCUGUGUGUGCUGGGGCUUCCUGUCCGCGGCGCGGAGGUUGCAGAAGAAAGUGGUCACAUAUGGUCGGAGGAGCAGCCGGCUCACCCUCUCCAGGUCGGGGCUGUGUACCUGGGUGAGGAGGAGCUCCCACAUGACCCGAUGGGCCAGGACAGGGCAGCAGAAGAGGCUGAUGCGGUGCUGGGGCUGGAUACCCAAGGCGAUCACAUGGUGAUGCUGUCUGUGAUUCCUGGGGAAGCUGAGGACAAAGUGAGUUCAGAGCCUAGUGGCGGCACCUGUAGCGCUGGAGGAGAGGAGGACUCAAAGUGCACCCUCCGAGAGAGCCUUUUCUCUCUGGAUAGUGCUGGAUCACGCUUCCCUGAUAGAGAAGAGGAGUAUUACACGGAGCCAGAAGUGGCGGAAUCCGAUGCAGCCCCGACAGAGGACUCCAAUAGCACUGAAAGUCUGAAAUCCCCAAAAGUGAACUGUGAGGAGAGAAACAUUACGGGAUUAGAAAAUUUCACUCUGAAAAUUUUAAAUAUGUCACAGGACCUUAUGGAUUUUCUGAACCCAAACGGUAGCGACUGUACUCUAGUCCUGUUUUACACCCCGUGGUGCCGCUUUUCUGCCACUUUGGCCCCUCACUUUAAUUCUCUGCCCCGGGCAUUUCCAGCUCUUCACUUUUUGGCACUGGAUGCAUCUCAGCACAGCAGCCUUUCUACCAGGUUUGGCACUGUAGCUGUUCCUAAUAUUUUGUUAUUUCAAGGAGCUAAACCAAUGGCCAGAUUUAAUCAUACAGAUCGAACAUUGGAAACACUGAAAAUCUUCAUUUUCAAUCAGACAGGUAUAGAAGCCAAGAAGAAUGUGGUGGUAACUCAAGCCGACCAAAUAGGCCCUCUUCCCAGCACUUUGAUAAAAAGUGUGGACUGGUUGCUUGUAUUUUCCUUAUUCUUUUUAAUUAGUUUUAUUAUGUAUGCUACCAUUCGAACUGAGAGUAUUCGGUGGCUAAUUCCAGGACAGGAGCAGGAACAUGUGGAGUAGUGAUGGACUGAAAGAAGUUGGAAAGAGGAACUUCAAUCCUUCGUUUCAGAAAUUAGUGCUGCAGUUUCAUACAUUUUCUCCAGUGAAGUGUUGACUUUAGUCCGAUUAAAAGAAUCAUGCAUUUGUUGAACUACUGAAAGUAUAAAAAAAUUAUAAACUGGUGUUUUAACUAGUAUUGCAAUAAGCAAAUGCAAAAAUAUUCAAUAGAGUGCACGAUUCUUGUUUUUGCUACCUGAACGUGAUCCAGUUUCAAAUGUGAAGACGUGUUCUGGUAGAAUAGUGAGUAGAAUGACAUGCUUACUAUACAGAAGGCAAAAGAGGACUGUCAGAUUAUAGUUUUAGGAAACCCUUGAUUCCUUAUAUAUGUUUAAGAAGGUUAGUUUUCUGUUUUUUUGCAAAUUUUUUUCCAGAGUCUAUAGCAGGAAAGUAUGUAACUAGAAUUGGUUAGUGUGACCCCUCAAGUAGCAAGUAAAGGAAAAUAAAAGAGUCAAAUGCCUUGA